GUACGGUCCAAGAUGACCUCAAACUAAAAGCCGUUUCCUUCCAGGCGUCAGUGCUCUGCCGGACUCCUCCGCCCAGGGCCAGGCUCUUAACGCUUCCAGCAGCACCUCCACGUCACAAGGGAUCAACGGAGGGGUGGAGGAGGGCCCUCCUGGUGACGGAAGUCUCCAUGAUGCAUCCUCUUUUUCCCAAGAGUCUGUUGGUGCACCAGGACAGCCAGGGUCCUCCUUGUACUCCAUGUCUGUAGGUGCCGAGGGACAUGGCAGUUCUUCAUCUCAGCUGCAGGCUCCAGGAACAGAGGGAGGACACGCUGACACCACGUCUCACGGUUCAGAGGCACCUGAGAUGGAGUUCAACGGUAAUGGUCACAAGCUGCUGAAUGGAGCCCUUGAGAAUGGUCAUUCAGCCUUAGGCACGGACCCGUUCACUGAUGGAACCGCUCAUACAGACUCCACAGCAGGUGCUCUUGAGCCGCUUGGUACCGAUUCUCACCUGGACUAUACAGGCAUCAUAGAUGAAUCCAGUCAUGACUUCCUCAUUGGGUUGAUGGGUGGAGUUGAUCCCUUUGGUCCAGACAUUCACAUUGAGGCAGAUCUGGAUCUGCUGUCCAGUAGCAGCCCAUAUCCAGAUGCCCAUCCAGGCUCCUCCCCCGACCAUGCUGUCUCCGGCUCAGACGACCCUCCAGCAGCAGACACAGGCAUGGGAGAUUACGCUGGCCACAUGGAUGCUCCAGACGCAGCAUCUGUGAUAUCACUUCCAGAUCAUUUACACAUAGAUUACCCAGAUGUCUCCAGCACAGACUCAGCUGAUUCUAAUGGGAAUGGUCGACAGAGUCUGGUUAUAGACACCCAUGGAGGAGACCACCAUGUUGAUGAUCAUAUCCACAUCAUGGGGACUAUCGCAGCCACUGUCCUGGUAGAUGGUGUGGACGAUGUCCACGCCCCCACGCCUGCCCCAGUGCUGGCAGACGUCCACAGUUCUACUGCCUCGGACGCUCCAGGGGCUGAUGAUGUCACAGUGACCAGUGGACUUCUGAACUUCACAGAAUCCGAGUUUGGAUUAGGACAUAACGUCACAGGAGCUGGAGAUUUUCACAUUGUUGUCGACCACACAGAGUCAUCAGUUACAGGGGUUCCGAGCAACACUUUUCCCCAGACUGAUGCUGUAGGCACUUACACAGCAACAGACACGGCAACAGACAUGGCAACAGGCACGGCAACGGAUACGGCAACAGACAUGGCAACAGGCACGACAACAGACACAACAACAGACAUGGCAACAGACAAAGGAACAGCGGACCCACAAGCUGCCCGUGGUUCCAGUCAGCCUGCCGGAACAGAACAGUCACAGCUGGCUGUUCCAGCAGCUGAACAGUACAACACAUCUGGUCAGGGUCCUGAAGGUGCAGAAGAUGUGGAACUGGAGGAUACCUGCUGACUUCCACAUGAAGCCCAGGGUGCACUUCCUGCGUUAUCGUUUCCAAUGCACGGACCAAUCAGCACAGCAGCCUCCCAGUGACCCCACCCACCAGCAAUAGUCCUCUGUGUCUGUGUGUUUGUUUGAACUAUUUAAACUUAAAUAUGACACUGUAAAUUCAAUUUCUACACUUGUUUAUAACUACAUUUCUAUGUCCCUGCGCAAGAAGACGAUGUGAGAAAUUUGUUUCAGAUGAAAGGAGUCCCAAUGAAAGGAUUUUUUCCCUCCCUCUAAAACUGUUGUACAAAACUCAAAUUUAAUUCGUCUUUGUGGUUUGUUAUAUUCUAAGGUACUGUAUUUCCAUAUUUAGAGAAUGUGAGAAAUAUGCAACUUCAGUGUCAGAAUUGUACAUUUCUAAAUGUAUGUCAGCGUAAACAUUAAAAGUAACUUCUAUUUUGAACAUCAAA